AUGUUCCAGAGUAUGUUUAGUAUCCUCAAGCCGCAGCGGCAUCCCAUGUGCAACAGCUACCUUUCCAGUCUCGACGACGAUUCACUGGUCGAAAUUUUCAACAAAGUCCUCUCGCACUUGCUGCGAUGCCAAAACUCCGUCUUGCUCAGAAUAGCACCCGUCGACUGGUUCAAUUUCAUGAUCACAGUCGAUCGGAUUAUCAAGAUCCUCAUGGCACGCGGCUGGAGCAUCGGCACAAUCAUGCCCGAGUCUGCGAACCUUUCCUUUUUCCAGCAAUCGCGACAGACGCUGUAUACCGAGCAGCCACAGCUGAGCAUAGAGUAUCAAGAGGCUAUGCCGUCCCAGGAAAUCAUCAUUCACCAGCAACGAACACAUAUAAUCUCUCAGCAGCCAAACUCCCUCAUCCAAGACAAACACCCCAGCUUCCUAGAAAAGCAAGAAACACAGCGCGAAAAAGACGAAAAAACGCUAAGCAAGUACAAAGACGAAGCAGCGCGUGUGCAAAAAGAAGAUCUAGAACGCGCAUACCAAGCCGCUGAGCAAGAAAAACAAGCCAGUAUCCGCAAACUCCAAGUAGCAGAGGAGGCAGCAGCAAGGGACCGCAGAAACGAAGCCGAGACAGAGCACAAGCAGCGACAAAUCGACGAGCUGAGACGCGAAAAAGCAGACUUGGAUCGCAGGAUACGCGAGCAACAGAUGCAGGCUGAGCAGGAUAAGCGUGAAGCUGCGAGGAGACGAGAGGAAGGGGAGCGACAGCGCCGCGAAGCUGGUACGAUAGAGGAGGAAGAAAAGUGGCGCCAGAUAGAGUACGAAAGGAAGCGCACGUAUGAGAUUGAGCGCGGCACAGAUGAGUAUAGGGACGGUAGGGCGCAGCGCGAAGAAAGAGCGAAGAACAAGGCAUCACAGCACCCUUCUUACAUCAAAGAUACAUGUAGCGUGCACACCACACAAGCAACACUACAGCAUGAGCUUCGUACAACCCAUACACUCCCCUCCUCCCCCUCCUCCCCCUCAUCUUCCUCAUCCUCAUCCUCAUCCACCACUCUCCACCGCGACCCCUACAAACUCCUCGGCCUCCUCUCCCGCUCCGCCACGCCCCUCCUCGACAUCCGCGCGACACGAACCGCACUCAUGCAGAUCCACAGCGCUCGCCUCGCCUCGAGCAGCGCCUCCGAAGCGCACAGGAAGACCUCCAGACGACGCAUGGUGGAAAUCGAAUGGGCGGCAGACAUCCUGCUUGAUAGCGAGAAGAAGCGCGCGUUUGAUGAGGCGGGGGCUGUGUUUGAGCAUGAGAGGAGGGCGUGGAGGGACAAACGUAAUUCUGUCAUCUAG